UCCUUGUAAACAUAACAGACAGUGCACACGCACGAUUUUGUGGAUCUUUGCUCUGUCUGUUGUAGAGCUAGUCUAGAUCCAGAAUCUAGUCCUAGACCUAGAUUCUUAAUAUUUUUGUUCUCCAAUAUUAACCUUCAAAAUGGCAAAAAGUAUACGUAGCAAGCAUAGACGAAAGAUGAGAAACAUAAAACGCCAGCAUUAUGCUAAAAAGGAUCUUGACAAAUUGAAGACGUUGGCAGCCAAAUCUUCAGAGCUUGGAGAUCUUGUUACAAUGAAAAAUGUUGAAGAAAUUAAGGAGAAACAAAAGGUUGAAAAAGUUUCUGAUCAAACUGAAGAUGCAACUAUGGAUGUGGACAAAGCCCAGAAAAAUUAUGAUAAGAGGACUUUGCAAGAUGAACAUGGUCACUAUCCUCCUUGGAUGAAUCAAAGAGCUAUUAAAAAACAGAAAGCCAAAAUAGCCAAAUCAAAGAAAAAAGUUGGAAAUAAAAUAAAGUGGUGAUUUACAA